AUGUCAUUGCUAGGUCCAUCAUUUUCUUUGGACUCAAUUGUAUGUAGUCUUGUUAUAAGUGUCGGGAUGCUGUCAGGUGUCCAACAUUUAGAAGUGUAUGUUUACAUGCAUGUCAUUCAUUGUGAACUAUGUGGUAAUCUUGAUUUUUAUCCAGCUUCUUUAUCAUUGGUAUUGGAUUUACUUAGAAGAGGAGAUGAAAAUGGUAUGCUGUUUUGGGGUGAACGUAAUCAGAUAACUGCAUCAUGA